UCCGUCCAUCUAUCACUUGCCUCGCGGACUAUUCAAUAGCUAUAGUCCCAUUAGAGAUUGCGAAGGCUCUUUGUUUCUCUUCUCGGAUUAAAGGAGGAAUUUUAGGGCUCAGAUUGCAAAAUGUCCGGUGGAAUUGCGCGCGGGCGGCUGACGGAGGAGCGAAAGUCAUGGCGGAAGAAUCAUCCACAUGGUUUUGUGGCUAAACCGGAGACUCUGCCUGAGGGUACAGUGAAUUUGAUGGUGUGGCACUGCACGAUUCCUGGUAAGGCCGGGACUGACUGGGAGGGUGGUUAUUACCCACUCACAAUGCAGUUUAGUGAAGAUUAUCCAAGCAAGCCGCCGAAGUGUAAAUUCCCUCAAGGCUUUUUCCAUCCUAAUGUGUACCCAUCUGGAACUGUUUGCCUCUCAAUUCUUAAUGAAGAUAGUGGUUGGCGCCCAGCCAUCACAGUGAAGCAAAUUUUGGUUGGUAUCCAAGAUUUGUUGGAUACGCCUAAUCCACAGGAUCCAGCUCAAACUGAGGGAUACCAUAUGUUCAUCCAGGAUCCAAUUGAAUACAAGAAAAGGGUUCGGCAACAGGCGAAGCUGUAUCCUCCUCUUGUCUGAAUAUAUCUUUGUGCUGGUUAUUCCUUAGUUUUGAUGCAAACAUGUUGCUAGAAUUUGUAUUUGUCAAAAGAAGGUUAUCACGUACCCCAGUGACUGGCAAGGCAGUGUUGGUUGUUGGUACGGUGUUUGGAUGUGCUUCUAGUUACUGAACCUGCAUAAUGCAUAGAAACCUCUUGAUUGUGAUAAGGAGAUUGUAUUUGAUUGAUGUCGAAUGUGGUAAUAUAAGAUCGCCUUUCCUUUGCUCGA